UUCUUGUUUUGUAAAUAUUUAGAUACAUAUGUUCCCUGUAUGUUGUUUUAUAAUAACCAAGUCAAAUCAACCACUAUAAAAAGCCCCAUUAUCACCAGCUUUAAACAGGGAUUCAAGUAUGAUGGAGGUUUAAUAGAGACACUGAUAUAGUCCUCAUCUCCCCGUGGCAUGUAGUCAGUGUACAAACCAUUUAAGUAUUAACAUUUAUCCAUGUAAACUUAAAACAACCAAACUUCACACAACAAAACCCCACCCAGUUUUAUAAGGGUGGCUCCAUUGGCCUGUGUGUCUGUAAAUCCCUUCCCUCUUUAUUCGCUCGCCGCCAUUGGUCGGCGGUGACGACAAUCCCGAGACGUGCUCCCGCCCACCGAGCGGAUCAAGUUUGAAUGAACAACAGCAGCCUGUUCUGGAGGUGGUAGUUGCAUUUGCAGUAAUUAUUAACAGUGUGUAUCAUCUCACGGGUUGCGCUGAUCCAGGAUGGACAUGAAGAAAAGAAUUCACCUAGAGUUGCGGAACCGCACUCCGUCAGAUGUCAAAGAACUCGUGCUAGACAACUGUCGCUCGAAUGAAGGCAAGAUCGAGGGUCUAACGGACGAAUUUGAGGAGCUGGAAUUUCUAAGCACAAUCAACGUUGGACUGACGACAGUUGCCCACUUGCCGAAGCUAAAUAAACUCAAAAAGCUUGAACUCAGCGAUAACAGGAUCUCAGGAGGGUUGGAAGUGCUGGCAGAGAAAUGCCCCAACCUCACACAUCUCAACCUCAGUGGCAACAAGAUUAAAGACCUCAGCACAAUAGAACCAUUGAAAGAAUUGGGGACCCUGAAAAGCCUAGAUCUGUUUAACUGUGAAGUGACAAACCUGAAUGAAUACAGAGACAACGUAUUCAAGCUACUACCCCAGCUCACGUACCUGGACGGGUAUGACAAAGACGACAAAGAGGCACCGGAUUCUGACACUGAGGUUUACGCAGAGGGUUUAGAUGAUGACGAGGACGAUGAAGACGAUAUAGAUGAGGAGGAGUACGAUGAAGAUGCAGCACCAGGAGAUGAAGAGGAGGAAGAGGGAGAGGAAGAUGAAGAGGAGAAUGAAGAAGAGGAAGACGACGACCUCAGCGGAGAGGAGGAAGAGGAGGAAGAUCUGAAUGACAGAGAGGUUGACGAUGAGGAUGACGAGGAAGAGCGAGGUCAGAAGAGAAAAAGGGAACUGGAUGAAGAAGGGGAGGAGGACGACGACGAUUGAGAGUCCUUUUGAAGCUAAGUUGUGAACUGUUUUAAACUUGUAUCUCCCAGUCACUUCCCAAUAACCCCAUGUAUUUUUCCCCCUGUUUCAUAUUGCAGUAGGAGUGGUUUUUGUUAUUGGCCAGUCAGGUAGAGGGGGGGUUGUCUGGAGAAAUAAGUUAUACAUUUAUGUACCUUUGAUGCUCCCGUGUUCCAGUCUUUACAGUCCACUUUUAACUGCUUUGUGGACACGAAUUUUGUAAUAUCAAAUAAUGGCAAAGAUAAACCUUUUUAAGAAAUGUUUGUUUUCUCACCGUUUGUGUAAGACCAGUUUCUGAUGACUUCUGUAUUUUAAGAUCCCCCCUUCAAAAGAAAAAUACAAAAUGAAACAAAAAAAAGAGUGCAUGUCUAAUACAUUUUAAAGUCAACUACUGGAUUUCAUGUAUGGCUGUCCUCUCCUUGUCUUAAACUUAUUUUUGCAUUGUACUUCUCUUUAUUUUUUAAUGUAAGUUAUGUGUUUGUAGUGUCACCAGUAUGCUCUCUGCUGUCCUGGUGUGAAACUUCUGUCUGAACAUGCACAGUGUGACCCUCACAGGGCAUAUUUUUAAAUCAUAGCAAAAAAAUGUCUGCCCUUGUCAAAGCUGCUCCUCCUCCUUAAACCCUCAGCUUUGAUAGUUCGGAAAUUACGUGUUCUUGUAAAUAAUGACCAAAUCUAUUUUUUUGUAUUCUCUUUGAUGACGGCAGACAUUGAACAGACAACGGAGGUGAAACUAUGAAUUGUAAUAAGAUAUUAAAUAUGUAUGCUGCUUUAUCUAAAAAAAAAAAAACACGCAGUGUGAAAUUUCUUGAAUCUGAACAUAACUUUGUAUGCAUAAUCUUUCCAUAAAGAGAAAUGUUCAACAUCAGAAUUCAUUAUCGCUUUUUCCAUGUUCUUUUCUGUGACACACAGGUGGCAAUGUUUGAAUUUGUGGUGGUAGUGUAGAGAAGUUCUUGAUAUAAAUGGAGGUUACAACCGCAACUAUGUGCAUUGAAAAUGUAUUGUUUCAAAGUGUAAACUCUGGAAAACGGUCAGUUAUUUGGACUUUGUUUUCACUAUUAUAUGUAAUGGUCAAAUUGGCCUACCUCAGUGAUUAUUCACUCUUUGUUAAAUCCACUGUCAUCAGCCAAAUUAUGUUUCUUUUUCCCCCCCAUUCACUUCAAUAAAUCCCUUUUAUAUAUG